AGAUCUAGACACAAUAUUAAAAGAUCUCCAUUAUAGUAAGUUAAUGUGAUAUGAAUAUUUAUAAAAAUAUUAAUAUAAAAGCAAUAGCUUAACACAAUUGUGAAUACUUAUUAUGGAAGCGCAAACAGAUGUUCCUGUUCUGCGGCCACCUAAUUUGAGAAAUACAGGCAAUGUAUUUUAUACACCAUUAACUUCAUUUGCUGAAAUGUGGUAUCAAAUAUUUUUAUGGGCCUUAUUUUCUUCUAUUUUUGUCCAUACCAUAGCUGGUGCAAUCUGCUUUGCUACGCUAAGACAACAUAAGUAUGGAAAAUUCUUCCCAUUACUGAUUAUAAUAAUGGGAGUAUUGUUGCCACUGACAUCAGGAGUACUUAGCUCUGCAGCUGUUGCUUUUGUAUAUAGAGCAUCACGUUAUCCACUGCCACCAUUAUAUGCAUUGUUAUGGGGUAUUGGGCAAACUGUUGUAGCAGGAUGUGUUGGAUUUACAAGAAUUUUAGCAACUUUAUAAUUGAAAAAGUAUACAAUUGAAUACUA